GUGGAAGCCGAGAAAGCCUUGGAUUCCCGAUCUCCCCUUCAAUCUCGACUCUUCCCGAGAAGGUCUCCGUCACGGUGUCGUCGUCGGGGCAAACGAAGCAGAGGACGGACCAACGACGACAUUCAAAAACAUACCUAAUCUCCAUCGCAUCCCCGGGCAUCCAUUCACUCCAACAUUCAUGGAGAUCAUAUACAUACCAUCUGUUCGCCCUCCAAAGUCCAAAUGCAAUUACCUAACUUGUGAUCCCCUUUCGUCGUCGGGUCAAAGGGUCCAAUCCACUCCAGUCAGCCGGGCAGUCCAAUCUUCCACACAACCACUCAAACUUCCCGUCCUUUCAGUCCUAGCUAGUUAGGCACACAGGCGCUUAACACGGCAAUCUACUGUAUCUAUCCACCUCUACUCGUUCGUCAUCCCGAUCACCGAGACGUGCCCUGCCCGUCUCAAUCAAAUCAACCAAGUCCCAACACUGCACAAGCAUCGGGUACAGCUUUCAAUUUGAACCUUCCACAGUCCAGCACUUGAACCCAUACAUAGGACCCGGGUUCCAUCAUUUGGUCCUGCUCGUCCGGUCUCGCACCGGUCACGAAGCUAUCAGUCGGGUUCGGUUUGCCGGUGUCAGUCCCAUCACUGGCUGUCGCAAGCAUCGCUUCUAAAGACAGAAACACCACACACUCUCAAUCCCGUCCGCUUGCCGACUACGACACGAUCCCUAUGGACCAACAGUACACCGACGCCCGUGGCCGAUCGCUGUCGGCCGCGUCCACCGGCGGAGGACAGGUCCACGAUCAACAGCAACAGUCUCACAUAAGAAACCACUCGCCGUCUCCAACUCCCUUUCCCAAUUCGAACGAUGGCGUCAACAACGGUUUGGGACUUGGCCUUAUCGAUCCCUCUGCCUCGCAGCAUUUUCAACCCGAAUUUUCCUACGGCGGCCCGAACCCGUUCCAGCAACAUUCGCCCUUCUCACAGCCUGGGUUGGAUUUCAACCAAGGUUAUACAAACCAAUUAGAGAAUCAGGACAACUCGUUUGGUGGCUUGUCGCAACCCGCCUAUUCUCCGAAUCUCAUGGCAUCCAACUUUGGUGACGCCGACUACGGCAUUUUCCCCACGACCACGGCCGCGGGCCAGUUCAACGGAUCGCUGUUCAUUACCGAUAAUCAGUCCAUCAAUAAUCCGGAUCCAAACAUGAUGGCGCAAGGCUCUCACAGCCCGGAGCCGCCUCAUCUGCUCAGUCCAGAGAUAAACUCUCCGGCCUUUGCCCAGGGCCGUUUCCCCAUGGCAACAGGAAGGCAUUCGCGCAAUGCGUCUCUGGGCCCAGAGGCUGCUCUUCUUCCAGGGCAGGACUGGAGCCAUAUGCCUCAGUUUCAGGGCCACCGACGCUCAGCCUCGGAGCUUAGUGAUGUCUCUUCGGUAGCCCAUUCGCCCAACCUUGGGGGAUUGGACAGCUUUGACCCGAUCGAGAACAACCAUUCGCCUCUUCAAGGGCCGCAGGCCGAUGCCCUGUACAGUCAGUUGAACGGGAUCAGCAACUUCAGUCUGUCGGACGACCACAUCGGCAGGAGUCCGUCGCAUAGUCCAGCGGUCUCCCCUCGGAUCCAUCCCCAGCAAUCACCGGACGAGAUCGAUCCGAACCAACCCAACCAUUUUAUGCUACACACACCAGCAAACAGUUUCGGACCGCCAGCGACAUACAUGCAGCCGCAACAGGAGGCUUUCCCGCAAUUGUCACUGGAUGACCCAUCUGGUAUGCAGGCCCAGCAGAACAUGCCAGCUCCUCCGGCAAUCAACAUCGAUUUCGCUCCAGCGCCCGCUAAGAGCGGGCUGGAUCAGCCCACUAACCUGGACAAUAAUUCACUAGCCCUACCAAACAGAGCUCGAGGGCGGAUGCGACCACGAGCGGUCACGGACCCUUUCAACAAUAGCGGUUACCGAUCUCCUUCUCCAUCGGGAAGUCUUUCGCCGAGCUCGGCCGCGGACCUCAGACCGUCAAGCGCACGUUCACUUUCGCCCAUGGACCGUUCAGGAGCCGGCUCUAUUAAUAGUAGGAGACGCCAGUCUACGUCGUCAGUACCCAACAACGUGAUAGCACUUCGUCUUGCCGAUCCCAAUUAUAAUGGCUCUGGGGAGAAUGGAGGUGGCCCGAGAAGGGCUCAGAAGCACCCCGCUACUUUCCAAUGCAAAGUAUGUCCAAAGCGCUUUACCAGAGCCUAUAACUUGCGCUCCCAUUUGCGCACACAUACCGACGAGAGGCCCUUUAAAUGUACCGUCUGCGAUAAGGCUUUCGCGCGCCAGCACGAUCGCAAGCGUCACGAAGGUUUACAUUCGGGCGAAAAGAAGUUCAUAUGUAAGGGUGAACUUCCUGUUGCUGGUCAACAAUGGGGCUGCGGCCGAAGAUUUGCGCGAGCGGAUGCUCUGGGUCGCCAUUUCCGGUCGGAGGCAGGAAGAAUAUGUAUCAGACCUCUUCUGGAAGCGGAAAACCGUGAACGGCAACGGCAGUAUGCUGAGGCAAUGCAGAAUGCAGCCCAAGGCAUGAUGCAACAGCAGGGCGGUAUGAUGAUGUCGCCCGGCAUGGACCCCAAUGGCGAGUUCCAAAUGGACCCCUUUGUGCUCCCACAGGCGCUGUUGGCACAGUAUCCUGCCUUGGCCCUCCUGCCCGCUGGGCCUGCGGCUAUGGGUGAUGGAGCCGGCUUAGAAGAGGAUUUGGGUAGUAAUUACGAAGCUAGCGACUACGAUGAUGUCGAGGAGGGAGGCUAUGUAAGUGGUCCAGGGACAGGGUUCGGGCCCGGAAGCAUGCAAGAAGGGUACGGGGAGUUGGGUUAUGCGAGUGACUACGGCGGCCGUUAGGCAUAGUGUCAUGACAUUUCAGGCGAACAACCCUUCGGGGAAAGGGAGGGCGUUGGGUGGUAUGCUCUAUUUAUUUAUUGUUUUACAGAUGAUUAUCGGUCACUGUUUGGAUCAGAUGAGAUUAUACGGUGGUGCGCGGUCAUGGUUAUUGUUGUCUUAUACAUUUACUUCUCUUUUUGGAUACAUUUAUUCCCCAACGUUGUUGCAAUUCUUCUUCUUUGUAUUUGACUGGGGUUAUUUUUUGCUCGAAGACCCGUUUAUGUACCGCUUGCAUGCGCGGACGUUGAGCGAACAUAGAAAUAUUGUCUGAUGAGGACAAAUAAAUGUUACAUGUAUGACGAUGUACUCCAUGUUACUUUUAUAGAGUUGUUAAACAAGCCGAUCACAGUUGAUAUCACCA